GAAUUAUUUGCGGAAGACAUUGGGCCAAGGACAACACACUCUCAAGGUCGUCCUCUCGAACUUAUCAUACUCGACCAUGGCCACCAAGGAGGGUAGCACAAAACCAGUGAAAUAUACCCUGGUGCUUGUCCGCCACGGUGAGAGCGAAUGGAAUAAACUCAACAAAUUUUGCGGAUGGCACGAUGCAGAUUUAUCUGAGACAGGCAUUGCAGAGGCGAAAAGCGCAGGAGAGAUCCUGAAUGAGAAGGGUUUUGAGUUUGAUGUGGCUUACACCAGUGUAUUGAAGAGAGCCAUCAAGACACUGUUCUACAUCCAAGAUGCAACUGAUCAUCAUUGGAUCCCUGUUAAGCGAUGCUGGCGUCUCAACGAACGUCACUAUGGAGGACUACAGGGGCUGAACAAAUCUGAGACUGCAGAGAAACACGGCGAAGAUCAAGUGAAGAUCUGGCGGCGAUCCUACGACAUACCUCCCCCUGCCCUGGAGGAGAGUGAUGAGAGAUGGUCAGGAAAAGAGAGGAAGUAUGAUGAUCUGCCAAAGUCUGACAUCCCUGCCUGUGAGUGUCUGAAGGAUACAGUUGCCAGGGUGAUGCCAUAUUGGGAGAGUGACAUCGUACCAGACAUCAAGGCUGGACGAAGACUUAUUAUCUCAGCUCACGGGAACAGUCUGCGUGGCCUCGUGAAAUACCUAGACAAUGUUUCGGAUUCAGACAUCGUCGGUCUGAACAUUCCCACCGGUAUUCCGUUAGUGUACAGACUGGAUGAAGAUCUCAGACCUGUAAGCAGUGAAUACCUGGCUGAUCAGGAAAAGGUGAAGGCUGCCAUGGAGAAAGUUGCCAAUCAAGGGAAAAAGCAGUAGAGGGAGAUGGGAACCUUGCAUGAUGCCACAUCUUUGCUGUUGACAAAACCCUUUUAAUGAGGUGGUGUAACUUAAAGACUUUGAAGAGAAUAUGCUCAUUGCAUCAGUGAAGUUUCUGACUUUUAUUUAUUCUCACAGAAACAGUUUGUUGGCAUUAUCUCUGCUUACUUAAAUGUGUUCUCCUGGUCUCUUGUUGACGAUUAUUAAACCUGUUUGUAUUGUUUGCCCAGCCUCUCCACAUAUAUGUGUGAUUCUUCCAGUCACGAAUCUGUGCAUAUGCAGUUUUCAAAGCAAAACUUGAGCUUUACUCCAAUAGUAUUUGACUCUAAUGACCCCAAGUUACUUAACUUAACCCAUGAAUGACAAGGCCUUUUCCAUGCUUAGUUUUAAAUACUGAUUUCUUCAAGUCACCAAAUGUGUUAAGUAAAUCGCCUAUUCUUCUGCGUAUAUUUAACU